UCGUGCAGAUAACGUCAAACGUAUCAACACAAAUGUGUUUGCCCGCGAAAAGUGCCAUACAAGCUUAACAAAUUUCGAACAGCUGUCGAGGACCGAUAUGCUUCCAAUUUUUUGAAUUAUUUGUAAAAAGCGGAUAAAGAUAAUUAAUAAAUUAAUAUUUAAAAAUGAGUGCUCCUCGGGCUAGACGAAGUAUUUCUAAAGCAGGGCAAACUCACACUCGCUCUAGAUUGAGUAGUACGGAAGACAUAUUUUCGGUAACAGUAGAGGAUUCGGACGACGAGAAUCAGAGUACCAAGGUCCGUCAAUUGCGUAGAACAACGCGUAAACGAAGCCCACAGAAGAAAUAUGACAAAGAUUAUGUGCUGCUAGAUACCAAGCGUCGUAAAAGGCCUACUGUGGGACAUGGAGAGACAAGCGAAGAAGAAGAAUCUGAGCGUGAUGAUGAGAAUUAUGUGCCAUCUGCGACAGCGCGAUCGGAUAUUGUAGACUUACAGCUUUUUCAAGAUGAUGAGGAUGUAGCGGGAAAGAAUAUGUACGGUUUUCAUACGCCAAAGAAGAAAAACGGCAUGGCAUUGGCAGCUUUAAAUACACCGAAGACACCCAAAGCACCGAAAACUCCAAAAGCAUCACGUUCUUCCGCAUCACAACUACAAACAAAUACAUCAGACAUAAGGCGGAGCAAAUCGGCGGCUGAACCCAAGACACCAUCUCAUGUGCGGCAUCGUGUUAAAACUCAAAUCGCUAAACUUAUGGAUUCUGAUUCCGAUUUCUCUGCGAGUGGUAGUGACUUUGUGCCUACGGAGAGCGAUAGUGAUAGCUCGUCUAAUAAUGAUUAUGAUGAGGAUGCCGCUGCAGACGCCGGAGAUGAUGAGCCCAAAACACCGUACAAGGGUCGUCGGCCCAUAGUAGUACCAGUGUUGCCAAGAACUCCUUCCGCUGCGCGCGCGCGUCAAUCAGCGCGCAAUAAGAAAUCGUCCGUAGACUAUGUACCUGAAAGUGAUGGAUAUUUUCAGGCACAUGCCAACACUAAAAUACUCACAUCGGAUCACACGCUCGAUCGGCUGAAAAAUCCACGACUUCCAGCGGAUCGUAUAUUCAGUUUGCUUAAUGAAAUGAAACCAUCCGUCGAGCAUGAAGAUGCGAUUAGUGCAAUAAUGGAUGAAUAUCGUUCAUAUUUUACCAAAUGGCUAUGCAUAAUAAAUGAAGGAUUCAACUUGCUGCUGUAUGGACUGGGCUCAAAACGGCAGCUCUUGCAAGCUUUUCACCGCGAGGUCCUUGGAGAUCAAACAGUGUUGGUUGUGAAUGGCUUCUUUCCCAGUUUAACCUUAAAAGACAUAUUAGAUAGUAUUGUUAGUGAAAUAUUAGACGGUGGUGGUACUGUGAGUCCGUCAAAUCCUCAUGAAGCGGUCAACAUGAUUGAAGAGGAACUGUCAUAUAUGCCACAAACGCAUAUAUAUUUGAUCGUUCAUAAUUUGGAUGGCAACAUGUUGAGGAAUACGAAGGCGCAGGCGAUAGUAGCGCGGUUAGCAAGUUUGCGCCAAGUACAUUUGCUUGCGUCCAUUGAUUACAUCAAUACACCGUUGUUAUGGGAUCACACAAGGCUAAGCAAUUUCAAUUUCUCCUGGUGGGACUGCACAACAAUGUUGCCAUACAACGAUGAAACUGCCUUUGAAAACUCGCUGUUGGUACAAAACUCUGGUGAAUUAGCGCUCUCAUCUAUGCGUAGCGUAUUUUCGUCCCUAACAGUAAAUACGCGCGGCAUUUACAUGAUCAUUGUAAAGAAUCAACUAAGAAACAAAGGCAACCCCAACUUUCAGGGCAUGACCUUCAAGGAUUUAUAUUGGAGCUGUCGUGAAGCUUUUCUUGUCAGUUCUGAUUUGGCUUUACGUGCGCAACUUACUGAAUUUCUCGAUCACAAAUUGGUAAAAUCAAAACGUAACUUUGAUGGCUCUGAAUUGCUGAACAUACCAAUUGAUGCGACAUUAUUGCAACAAUUCUUGGAUGAACAAGAGAAGAAAACUUAAAUGGAAGCACAGAAAUCGGGGAAUAUGAGUCGUCAUAUGCAUACAAAAGUACAAAAAAUCACAAAGCACCCUUUGCAACAAUUGUUACAAAUAGCACUGUAAUACUUUGAUUAUCUCCUAUUAUGAAAAUGUAAAUUUAGAAUGCCACAAGCAGUUUAGGAAAACGAGUAAAUUUCUUCCAACUAAUAAUUCAAUACAGUUGUCGCUAUGAACUAUUACCAAAUCAGUAAAGUAUGAAACCAAACAGUUCACAUUUAAAUAGCUCGUUAAAGUCGUGUUUCAUGCGUUGCAUUUUAAACUUACUAGCGAUUAGCAUCAGUGUAAUUUCAAUAAAGGAAUCUAAUUAAGCACUCUUCUUCGUA